AUGGAUCAGCUGGCUACUGAAAACAUCGUAUUGUCAUAUAGUAAUAAUUUUACUGCAACCUCAAGUAACAAUACUUCGAUACGUGUUGCAAGAAGGAAUGUCAUGAAUCAUCGUCGUGUAUAUAGUGUUAAAGAUAACAAUAGUAAAUUCAAGUCGAUAGAACAUUUAAGUAUCAAAUCACAAAAUAAUCAAGAAACAUUUUAUACAAAACCUUUAAUAAAUGUCAACAGCAACAAUAAUGAUGUCGAACCAUCGUCGUCAUCAUCUUUAUCAUCUAAUCAAACAGCCGAAUUCAUUAAAAGCAGCAAUGUUUAUAAUUCAACGUCGUCACUUUCAUCCUCUCCAUCAAUUAGAUCUGUUCACCAAUUCAAGCAUAUUCACAAAAAACGUUUAUCAAGGACUAUUCAACAUAUUUCUUCCUUUUUACAAAUAAUUGCAAACGUUUCUUCUUCGAUUUCUUUUCCUGUAACGGUUGAAAAAACUUAUACAGUGGAAAGAUUAGCAAGACAAAUAGAAGCUGAAUACGCAUUUAAAUAUGGCGGAAUUGAGCAUAAUGGGUUAUAUGAACCAUUGGAGGUUGGAUUAUUAUAUGAUGUUAGUAUGGUUGCUUUACGUUUUAGAGAUUUUGUAGGCGAUGUUUUAGAGCAUGGUGAUGUUGUUAAUGUGCUUAAUAUCUAUGAAGGUAUUUAA